AUCGUGGUCCAUGGUUUUAUCACUUUGGAGUGAAUGAUAAUCAUUCUGGCCGUGACAAAUGGCAAUAUUAUAAAGUGAAAUGGGAAGCAAAAUAUAAAAUGAAAUACAAAGCGAAUUAUAAAGAAAGUGUAAAGCGAAAUAUGAAGCAAAAUAUAAAGCGAAAUGUGAAGCAGAAUAUAAAACGAA